AAGGCGGAGUUCAAGAUGUUGUCGAACAAGUUCUUUAUCUAUUUGUUUCUGGUGUUCCUUAUGCUGAUGUUCACAGCACCAGCAGCCGAGGGCACAUUUAUUCUCUUCCUCUGCUUGGUGCGCUCACCUUUAUGUCCAUUCAUUACAACCGAAUAAUAUUUUCAACUUGAACUAAUAAAAGUAAAAAGUAUGCAUUGAAGAAAGAA